AUGAUGAACAGCAGUUUUCAAUCGAUGGUUUUCUACGAUACGCCAGACUCACUUUCUUUGCAAGAGAUGGUGGAGUGCGACAGCCGCGAAAUGGAUUUUAACUUGAACGAUCCACUGUUUCAACUGCAAGAUAACGCAUUAUAUCAGGACGUUCACCACACGAUGACAGUGAAGCAAGAAAGGCCCAGAACGGAAUGUACGCCUGCAGGCGACUUGACUAACUUGCAAUGGCUGCAGAGCGUUAGCAUACCCAUGGAGAAAAACUCGGCCACGGAGAAACAAGUCAUGGUGGAUCCCAACACUGCCUUACCUGUGCAGUGGCCGACUCACCAGCAACAAGUUAAUAUGUCCCAAGUACCGCAACUGAACGUUACGGCUGUUCCAGCUCCACAAAUUUUUCAGGCACGUGCAGCGGACUCGAAGCCCAAAACGUCGCAACACGGGCCGAAAAACGGCGUUAAAGAUAGCAUAAAAUCGCAGGAUAAACCGUACCCCAAGCCGCUGUUCUCGUAUUCCUGUCUUAUCGCCAUGGCCUUGAAGAACAGUGAUUCAGGCACACUCCCCGUCAGUGAAAUUUACAAGUUCAUGAUGUAAGUUUCAUUUGGCGCUUAAAUGGACCAUGUCAAUUUCAUAAAUUUAUAUUUCGUGCGCGAACUGAGGUUUGAUAUUUGCUUUAUUUUGCGUUGUACAGGGGCAAGUUUCCGUAUUUUAAGACCGCUCCCGAUGGCUGGAAGGUGAGUGGUAAUGUAUUUAUCGAAUCCAUUCUUCGCAUGGCCGGUACCUGCGAAGUUUGAAUUUAAAAACAUUUGCUCCAUAGGUAGUAACGGCUCACGCUACACACAUUCGUCGGUGAAAAGUAAAAAAUAUUCCACAAAAUUUGACCAUCCUUUCGGUUUUUUUCGAUAAAGUGAUUAGAUCUUCGGAAGUUAUGGGCUAACUUUGAAAACUUUACUUUCGUUAUCUCAACGGUUUCCUGCAACUCCGCACUUGAAUGGUUUUCCUCGCAGCAUUACAAUGGCUUCCGAACAGCUGACUUCGAAUCGUUUGCAAAAUUCUCGUUUUUUUUCCUCAAAGAAAUCAGCUCUUCUUUUUGCUUAUUUGCCAUUAAAGCGAAAACUCGUAUUAAAACCAGAAAUAGGUGAUAUGGGAGAAUUUCGUUGCGUUUUAUUUUCUUAUUUCUUCAUGACAGCUCGUGAUAUUCGUGUUUACUAAAUCGGAUGUAACACAAUGGAUUUAAUGGACGAAUAGGAAGUGUUGCGAGCGAACUUCUUAAUAUUUUGUUCGUUCGAUCGUUGAUUCUAUUUGAGGUUAAGUUUCCGAAUCGAAUGAAUCAAGACAUGGUAAUAAAUUGCUAACGAAAUCGCGAACAAAAGAGUAUGUCAAAAUGGGUAUUCAAAACAACGUUCAUGUCAUAGAUAAUUCGCGAAUUGAUUUCACACGAGGCUUGCGGAAAGACCUGAUCUUCAUUUUCCAAUCUUUCUGAACAGCCCUUUCAGGGAAAACAAUCGCAACUUCGCCUUCGUUAACUUUAGCACAGAAAAUAUUUUCGAGAUUUUUCAUGAUAGAAAGAGGCAGAUAUCGUAGUCAUGCUCAAUUCGAAUAGUAAGUUACAGCCAAGGGUGGGGCAUGAUUUUUAUAUACGGGAGGUCGCAUGACAAUUGCAUACGAAUUCUUUAGUCUUUUUGCGAAAACUUCGUAUUUUCGAACUUUUCUUGCUUAAAUUAUCGCGCAUUUUGUUCCCUUAAUGUCGAAGGCACCAGACCGAGGGUAUAGCAACAAACUCCACCCGGUAUGUUAAGACUUCGGCUUUCUUUAGCUAUAAUUUUAAAAUUUUCGGUUCAACGAUUUCAUUCUCUUUUACGAGACACGAAAACAAAUCAAACCGAUUUUAUUAAAAGAAGGUUUCGCCAGAAGUGAAAACAAGGAAUUCGUGCAAUCCAAAAAAAUAUAUAUUUCUCCCCAAAUAAGUUGUUUCUUUUUUAAGGUUUCCUUUCGUUACAACAGGUGGUUGAUGUUUUGAAUAAUUUAUGUCAUUCUAAUUAAGGUCUGUAUUCCAAGAAGAUGCUGCAUAUUAAAUUUUGAAUUCCUUUUUCCAAUUUUCUUCCUUCACCCAAAAGGAAAAAAAGAAAUCAUAAAAUCGACAGACAAUAAAAUAAUCAUGGCGUUUUUAAAGAAUUUAGCCUCAAGAUAUAUUUUAAAUCUAUCAUUUGUAGAGCAAUAAGGUGGUUGAUUGUCGAAAACCUAUUUAUAUUUCUCUAGAAUUAAAGCUUUGUCUUGUCGACUCUAUAAUUUUUCUAGCAUUUAGAUAUUUUCUGUGAAUACUAGUUUUCCACAAAACUUGGAUUUCUUUGUGUUAAAAGCUAAGUGAGAAUUUUAUCACAGGGAUUGUGAAACAUUUAAUUCAAAUCCAUUUUGUAGCAAAUACACUUCAGUGAGCACUUCCUAAAUGUAAAUUUAUCCCUUUGAAUCCUUUAUUACAAUGAAUUCUUCCUUGCACAAUGAAUUUAUUCAGUUCAUUCUGAAAGCAAUCUUUUUAACUUUUUUUUAAAAUUGAAACAUUAAAAAUAGUGAAGUGUAGUUGCUGUAUAGUAUUUGAAAGACAUACUUCCAAAAUUAUUAUCUAAGGUGUAAGGUGAAAAAUCUUCAACAAGUUCAUGCUGGUAGCAAAAUUGUUGUGGGAAGAGCUUCUUUAUGAAAAAAAUAUUUCAGCCCAACUGCCUGUUAAUAUCUAUCUUGUGGUAGUACCAAGUUGUUAUAUUUUCAUAAAUUCAUACACUGAAGGUUAUUCAAUGCGAGGUUAACAAAAUACUCCAAAUUAAUUUGCGAGACAUAAAUAUGUCAAAUUAUUUUUGUAACAUAUCUCAGCAAUUGAAAUAUAUGACACUCAAUUUUUUCUCUAAAGAUGUUAUUAAUCUACAUUCAUCAGCACAUCAAUAAUAAAUAACUUUCAUUACCACACCUCAUUCUACAGUGAUUUGGAGACUUCUCACAUUUAUUUGGAGUACUAAAAUAAACUAGCCAAGAUGAGUUAAGUUUGUCCAUUUUUCUUAAUAUCAGUGUUCUUUUUAGUGGUACAAAUGAAGGCAAAUACACUCUUAGCCACAGAAGUGGGUUUCACGACAUUAUAUUACCAAAAAGCUUUUGUCUUAAAAAAGUUCUAAUUCUAAAUAUUUUGAUAUGCAAAUGAAGAAGGACUAAACUUUUUGCACCAUUUUUCAAUUCAGUUAUUUAAAUAUUUGCUGAUUUUUGAUUGAAAUGGUUCAGUUUUCUCUUCAAUGAAAACUAUAUCAUCCUAGCCAUAGUUCUUCAUACCAUGGCAUUUGUACAUAUCUUUUUUGACGUUGAUCUGUUGUUCUGUCUGUUAACCACAUUCUGGACAAUAAUUAUGAAUAACAGGCUGUUUAGUCUGAUGGAACAUAUUUGCAAGGACAAUGCUUUGACACUGCCUAGUGAAUACUUAUUAACACCUACAUUCUUGCUAGCAAGCAGAACAAACCAGGUCCUCACAACCAGGAAGUUAACAGUCUGUCCCAGAAAAUCUCUUUCAAACUAGAUCAGCUUCUCGGAAAGCCUUGUUAAUUGCCCAUAUUAUAAUAUUGAUGGAUAAGGUAGAAAAGGGAACAAACGUGUCUUAACUUACAUAAAAUGUCUGGUAAAUAAGAAAAACUGAAACUAGACUACCAUGUAGUAGCCUGAAAAGUGACAUUUCUUGCUUUUAUUUCUAUAGGCUGGUGUUAAUGAUACCACAUUUUUCUUAUAUUAUUAAUUCAAAAUGUCAACUAAUUAGCGCAUUUAAUGGUCAAAAACUUUUCAUAAGAAUAAAUACAUCAAGAGCUCGAUGACUUAUACAUACACAAAUUUCCUAAGAACUUGUGCCUUUGAAAGGAUUUUAUUUUAACAAUUGACUGGAUCAAUGCAUUUUUGCCAAGGACAAACUUAUGAGCUAUAAAAAAUAAAUUUUGAAAAGCUACCACUCAAAAUAAGCAGUCAAUAUAAAUUUAGAAUACAGUAAUAAUUUAGUUCUAAAUUUGCCCAUCAAUUAGGUUUAAGUCCAUCCCUCAUCACAUUAAUUUUGUUCUUAUAGUGUAACAAUAAUAAUAUUGUUCUAAGUAGGUAUAAAUUUUAACAAUGUAUUUUAUUCAUUUCCAGAAUUCUGUUCGGCACAACCUCUCAUUAAACAAGGCAUUCUGCAAGUUGGAGAGACCUCAGGGUGCCUCACAGAGAAAAGGAUGUCUGUGGUCACUUAAGCCAGAGAGACGUGAACAGAUGGAUAAAGAGAUCAGAAAGUGGAAGAAGAAGCAUACAGAAGCUAUCAGAGCCAGCAUGGCAAAUCCAGGUGAUUAGUUAAUGUUAUGAUGUCAUGGCUGAAUUCCGUAAUGAGCAAGAUAAAAGGAAUCCUGUGUUCUGAUUGGCUAAGGGUGGAUUUCCACUGUCGCAUAAUUUAAACAUUCGUACGCACAUAACAUUUCUGUGCAUAAAUAAAAUAGAGACAAGGUAUAAAAGACCACACAUAAACUUGCCUCUAUUUUAUUUAUGUGCAUAUGCACAUAAAAAUUUCACGACAGUGGAAAUCCACCUUUACUGACUGGGCAAGAUGCGCCUAUCUUGCCAUCCCAGGAUUUACCGUUUUUGUUGUGCAAGAAAAAGUCCUCUUUUGGCUAUAAUAAAUUAUAAUAAAUCAUUUAUUGACCAAGCUUAUUCAGUCAAGGUGGUUGGGUAAUCAUAAUGGCCUCUUUCUUUUUUGCAACAUUAAAAGGGAAAAAAAACUUAGCCAAGAUACAUAUCCAGCAUCUUGAUCUCAUUAAUCAAUAAUGCAUAGAGCUGAUAUCAUUUUGGAGUAUGGAGUAUUGGUGAAGGAUGGGUGGGGAUGUGGGAUAAUCACGGCAAAUAAACCUAAAAUACCAAGAAAUUAACGGUUACUUCAAUCUGCUGUUAACGGAUUUGUAGAUUUGUAUUCUGAGUGUUUUUGUUUUGUAUUCAUUUCAUUCUCAGAAGAACUGUCCAUUUCAAAUGAUGACCUAGACAGCUCUCCUGAACAGAUCCUGUCCCAAACAGAAAACUGUGAGGAUAUAGCAGCAGCUGAUGCGGCAAAGGAACUCUUUGGCAAUGACUUGAUUCAGGAAAUUCAACAAAAUGACGUCCUUGACUGGGAUGACAUUAUUUCUCAAAGUACAGAGCUACCGAUUGAUCCUACACUUAGCACUUGCACAACUUUACCAAUGUCGACAACACAUCUCAAUGGAAUACAGGGAUGUGACACUAUAACCACUACAGUAGAAAUGGAUAACUCAGCACAAUAUUUUGUAAACAGCGAUGGGCAGGAUUUUGACAUCCCUUUACCAUACAGCAUGUCACACUACUAUGGUAUGCAACCUCAACAACAUAUCAAUGUAGGAUUUUGAUUUAAGUGACAGAUAUUUAGCUAGGAGUUUGAAAAACAAAUUUCUUUAAUGUACAGAGAAUAGAAUAACAAUGCCAGAACCCUGGAACAUGAGAAAGAAUGGUUGUUUUUUAAUGAAUUGCAGCAAGGUCAAAAAAAGUUUUUAAUUUAUUAAGCAAUAUUGUCCGGCUUCGUUAAGUUCCAUUCCUGUUUGCAGUGAGCAAUCUAAAUUAUAAGUCUGUGGAUCUUUUCAAUAAAAGCUUAACUUUGUAGGUUGCUGCCUUCAUUUUAGUUCAACUGAAUUAGUUCUCAAGGGAAAAGCAGGAAAGGAGAAUGAUGUAAUAUUAACAACACUACAUUAACCCUUUAUAUUCCAAGAGCAACAAACAUCCAUUUUCUCCUGUUAUUAUCAUUAGACCAAUCGAGGGAAAAGGCUGUGAGAAGUGAUAAAAUGAUCACCAAAGGAAAAAUGCUCUGAUCUUCUAUCAAAUUCUCCCAACUAUUUCUGUUAAGAAAUGUAUAGAGAUCAGUCGGGAGAAUUUGCAUGUAGGUAGCGUUGGCGUAAAGGGUUAAUAAAUGUGAUACCCCAUACUCCAGCUUAAGAAUCUGCAAGUUUAGCUAGAUCUUUUGGCGUAUAGAUAUCAAAUAUUUCAUUGCCCUCAUAUUCAUAUUUUUUUCUUAGGGUAGUUGUUUUUUAAAAGUGACUGUGGUCUGCAGUUAAUAUCUUCAUCACAAAAUUGUUACACCAAUGACUGCAUGCUAUGCAAAAACAACGUUGCAAUAUUAUUUCAAAGUUUUGGUAUUUAAGUUUUAAUUUUAUGGUUUUGCUUUAUGCAGAACUGAUCAGUGGUAGUUAAAACAUAAUUGUUGGUGGCAAAGUAUUUCUUUUUGGGCUUAAAAGUGAGGUUAGUUGUCUUCUGAUGUAGGUCAGAUUGUAAACUCAAAGUUUACUAGACUAGUUAUUUUAACCAUCCAUCUUUGUUGAAUGUUGCCAAUAUGAUUCCCCUAUCUAGGAAAUAAAACUGUCAGUAUUGAACAGUCUUCUAACAGUGUUUAGUUCACUUGGUGACACUGAGGUCAAUUGAACCAAUCUCAUUCAGUCUACCAAUAAAUUUUUAAGUAAUUUAUUAGAAAAUUAAGUAUUCAAUCAUUGUACAUGUUCACAAUUUUUUCGCAAAAUAGAGAUUACUCUCACAAAAUACCAAGCAAAACACAUAGUGGCACUCACUUUGCAAAGGAACUCCAUUUUUGUAAAAUAACCAUCUACUUCAGAAUCACUAGGAUUUAAAAUAGUAUUUGUAAAUACAUAUUAUCAAUUUAAGUUCUGCUUGGUCAUUUGUUGUUUAGCUGUAAAAAUGUCUUUCACUAUUGAUUAGGUCAAUCAUCUGUGCUCGUGAAUUCUUAAAAGCUAAUUACGUUAAGAGCUAUAACAAUCAGUUUUAAGUUACAGUGAAAAGUAAUGAUUAUAAUAUUAUUAUUAUAAUAUAUGGCUAAUGUACAACUUGUAAAUAAGAUCAUUUCAGUGGUGUGCUAUUGUAUUUCAGAUUUAUAAAUUGCUG